AUGAAAUUUGCAAAGUACGAAGACAACCUUAAGCAAACUUGGAAACUUAUUGGUACUCUUGUUGAAAGGAAAACCAAAGGUCAAACUUUCCCCACGAGAAUCACUCACAAUAACAGGACUUUUACACAAGAACGGGACAUUGCCGAAUUAUUCAAUAACUUCUUUGCAAACAUUGGGGCAACUUUAGCAAAGGAAAUCAAAACUGAUCAUACAGACCCUUUGCAAUAUAUAGAAUCUACGCCAUCAAACAGUUUUUACCUUGCUCCAGUAACCCAAACACAAGUAUUUACAUUAUUUGCUGGGCUAAAAGAAAACAACGCAUCCCUUAUUGUUCCUAACAAGCUUCUUAAACUUGCAAGUGAACAGCUCUCUGCAUCCUUUACUGCAAUAUAUAAUGAGCCAAUAUUAUUAUCAGGGGAAAAAUCUUUAAGAUAUCAAAAGUAACCCCAAUAUUUAAAAGUGGUAGUCUAUCUGAGUUAGGGAAUUACAGGCCGAUAGCAGUUAUUUCUCCCUUUGGUAAAGUACUGGAAAGACUAGUAUAUGACCAACUUGUGUCCUACCUGGAAAAAGAAUGUCUACUUUUUAACUUCCAAUUUGGCUUUCGAAAGGGAUAUUCCACUGAAUAUGCCAUUCUAGAAACUGUGGAAAAAUUAAAGUCAGCAGUUAAUGAUCAAAAAAUAACAUGUGGUAUCUUUUUAGACUUUUCCAAGGCCUUUGAUACAAUUAACCAGCAUAUUCUCUUAGAAAAAUUACAUAAGUAUGAGAUCCGAGGACUCCCCCAUGCAUGGUUUUCAAGCUAUAUAACUAAUCAUAAGCAAUAAUGAAUAUGUCAAAGUUGGUAAUAGAGAAUCUAGCCUGAAAACCAUCACAUGUGGUGUACCUCAAGGCUGCACACUAGGUCCACUGCUGAUUCUAUUGUAUAUUAACGAUUUGCCCAGGUCUCCGAAGAAAUUAACUUUUAGGAUUUUUGCAGAUGAUACAAAUAUGUUUUAUUCUUCAAAAGACCCAGAACAAUUACAAUCAGUUAUCAAUGAAGAACUUGGAAAGGUCUUAAAAUUCUGUGCAGCAAAUAAUGCUGUCCAUUAACUUCAAGAACACUAAUUACAUGAUAAUUACUUCACCUAAAAAGAAAACAAAUAUCAGAAUAACAGCUUGUAACAUAGAGCAAAAGUCCAAGAUUAAAUAUUUGGGUGUCUUUAUUGAUGAACAUCUGAAAUGGGAUGCUCAGCUCCAGCACAUUAACAACAAAAUCACAAAAAACACUGGAAUUUUAUUUAAGCUUAGACAUUAUGUGCCUAUAAGUACACUCCAACAACUGUACUAUACUCUCAUAUAUCCGUAUCUAACGUAUGGAUUAAUGAGCUUGGGUACUGCAUACCAAAAUAAGUUAAAUAAAAUCAAAGUAAGUCAAAAUAUCUGUAUUUGCUGCAUCUUCUUUGCAAACAAAAGAGAAAGUCCCACACCAUACUUUACACUAUUAGAAAUCUUAAAGUUAGAGAAUAUCUUUAAAUUAAAAAUUGGCGCUCUUGUGCAUAAAAUUCAAUAUCAAAAAAAGGAUACACCUCCUGCCCUUAAUGACUUAGUUCAACCCCCUUCAGCUGUCCAUAAUUAUAAUACUAGGUAUGCCACUAAUCAAAACCUGUGCGGACCGUUUUCCAGAACUAAUUAUGGCCUAGCAAGGUUUAGUGUAGAUGCAUCACAGACCUGGGAAGCAACACCUAUGAAAAUUAAGUGUCUCCCCUCGAACAGUUUUAAAAAAGAAUAUAAACUCUUUCUACUUGACAGUCAGGCAUCUUGA